CGCCGCGACGUAUAAAUACCCAUUUGCAUCUCUCUCUGUUUGUCUUCUCAUCCCACAAGUUUCCAACUUCCCUCUUUCUCUCUCCCACCCUACCCCCAACAACACACUUAUAUACAAUGUCUGGUCGAGGAAAAGGCGGCAAGGGUCUCGGUAAGGGUGGUGCCAAGCGACACAGGAAGGUGCUUCGUGACAACAUCCAGGGUAUCACCAAGCCCGCUAUCAGGCGAUUGGCGCGAAGGGGUGGUGUCAAGCGAAUCUCCGGUCUCAUCUACGAGGAGACCCGAGGUGUCCUCAAGAUCUUCCUUGAGAACGUCAUCCGAGACUCUGUCACCUACACUGAGCACGCCAAGAGAAAGACUGGUGAGUCGACUUGUAUCUCAACAAUCCACACGCGCUGACUUUGGCACAGUCACUUCCCUCGACGUUGUCUACGCUCUCAAGAGGCAGGGCCGAACCCUCUACGGUUUCGGUGCUUAGACACUUUGUUUGCGCCUUGUAGAACACUUUGUUGCCUUCUUCGUUUUCGCUAUCUUUAUUUAUUACCACGCCGUCGACAGAUGAUGCAUUACUUGACUCCCACUUGGUUUUCU